GAUACAGCGGCGCAUCUUUUCCACUGUCCUAUCGGUUGUAUACGCAUCAGCGAUGGCGAAGAUAGGGAUAAUUUUCUUCGCCCUUAAUAUAUUGGUCCUCUGUGUAUCCUACACUGCGACGGACCCGAUUGACUCAACUGCAAUGUCCUUCGAGCCGGGAACAGAUGAGAUCUUUACGGAUCCCGUCACCGAAGAAACACCUCCCGAGACGACCCCGAUUGACACAACUGCGCCAGAAACAGAGGAGACCCCUACAGAUCCUGAAACAAUACCGACAGAAACUGAGUCUCCCUUCACCGAAGAAACAUCUCCCGAGACGAGUCCGAUUGAAACUACUGCGCCAGUUGCAAAUGAGACUACUACGGUUCCUGAUACAGCACCGACAGUAAUUCAAACUCCAGUCACCCAAGAAAGCUCUCCAGAGGCGAGCCCGACUGACGCAACUGCGCCAGUAACGGAGAAGACCUCUACAGGUCCUGAUACAAUGCCGACAGAAAUUGAGGUUGCCAUCACCGAAGAAACAUGUCCCGAAACAACCCCGAUUGACACAACUACGCCAGUAACAGAGGAGACCCCUAGUAAUCCAGGUACAACUCCGAUAGAACCUGAGCCUCCGAUCACCGUAGAUAGAUGUCCAGAGACGAGUCCGACUGAAACUACUGCACCAGUACCUACUGCGCCAGUUGCAAAUGAGACUAUUACGGCACCGACAGUGACUAAAGCUCCAGUCACCCAAGAAAGCUCUCCCGAGACGAGCCCGAUUUAUACAACAGAGAAGACCCCUACAGAUGAAAUUGAGGUUGCCAUCACCGAAGAAACAUGUCCCGAGACAACCCCUAUUGAAACGACUACAACACCAUUUACUGUACCAUCACAAACGAAUGGUAGCUCUCCUACCCCAAUUUUUGCCGGAAAUACGACUCUAACCACCAUAAUAGCUUCUUCUACGCCUGCCACAAGUGGAACUGCCACGAACACUACAGUACGUACCACCGCGAAAACAUCAUCGCGCACCACUGCGAAGACAUCAUCGCGCACCACUGCGAAGACAUCAUCGCGCACCACCGCGAGAACGACACCACCGACUACCGCUCGCAGUACCACGAGAACUACACCGCCGAAAACAACUUUCACCAAUCCACCGACUACAACCAUACGUACCACUACUACAAAAUGCAUUCCAACAACUUGCGGUGAAAAUGAAGUGUUUAACUGCUGCGGACAGUGCGGCUAUAACACGUGCCGGGGAUAUGUUACCUGUCAAGAUAGGCGCUGUGUGCAGGGUUGCUUCUGCAUGGUAGGAUUCGUGCGUGCCUAUCCGAAGGGGCCAUGCAUUUCGUACAAAGCCUGCCCGAAGCAAGAGUUUCCACCCUACAUCAAAGAGUAGAGCAGGGACGAAAAGGAUGGUUUUAA